AUGGCUCCAAAACUGCCGCCAGCAGAACAGCGGGAAACAGUGUUCGUGAAAACGAAUAUUUAUCCACUGGAAGUGGAAAAUCGAAUUGUGUAUCGCUACGAUGUGCGCAUAUAUGUAAGCCGUGCUGGUACAUCGAAAGAAAGGCCGGUCGAUUUAUGCAAAGGCGAAAGAGAUGAUGCUGAGGUGACUUUGCGCCACCGAAAAUGCAUGUUGCUGUUGAGACGCGCGCUGCAACUUUACCGUGUUCUCAGUGAAAGUGGUGCGUAUUUGUACGACUUGUCGAGCACAUUAUUCACCAAUGAGCCGCUCGCUAAGGAACUGCUACUUCGCCUGAAAAUCCCAGUGGAGAAGCUAACACCGGAGCUAGAAGAUCUUAUCAGGGUUGCAAUGCGUGUGUUGAAAUAA